CAGCGCGCCGGGGCUGGGACCGGCCUGGCCGAGCGCGCCGGCGCCGCGACCGCAGACAAAGGCGCCGCUCGCGCCCGGGCCGCCGCGCCUCGGGCUCUGCUUUGGGGGAGCGCUGCACACAACAGGAGGGGCGGCUGGGCAGUGCAGAGCCUGGAAUCCCCUGAGCAAGCAGUGUUUCAGCUGGCUGGACAGAUCAAAUAACACUUGAGCUGGUUAACAAAGGACACGCAAGUGGAAAGGUGUUGGAAGCUGGAGUGUGGAAAUUUACCCAACGUUAUUUCUUUGACAGGAAAGGAGACAUGGUCUGAAAGAUGCCGCAUUCCUGCAGCCUCUCUGAGUCCAGCAGCACACAGUCCUUUGCAAGGUGGCUUGGAGGAGGGGGUGACGGAGGUUGCUGCCCCAUCUGAAGCCUCUGGAGGAUCCUGUCGUGGCAGCUGAGUGCCCCUCAGCUUCGGCACCUCAGGUGUAACUUGGUGUGGAGCUCAAGAAAGGUGGUUGGGUUUCUCCGGCUUUCUUCACCAAUGCUCAUCAGCCUGGUUCGGGUUGCACAAUCUAAGGGGAGCCAGCAGAAGUAGAAAGAAGCCCCUGAAGCCUCCAGAAUCCAUUGCUGGGAUCCCUUCUUCCUGCUCAGGACACAGAAUAGCUACCAAGCUGCUGGAAGCUGUGACAAAACCGAGCUUUGGCCCAUCAGAAGUCAAGAAGCACAGCUCAGCAACGCUCUGCAUUUCACCCGGAAGGAACAUCUUUUAACAAAAAUUUAAAGAGGAGAGUUUCUGCAUCUUUUAUCUUGAGGUCUGUUAUGGUAGAAAACUUUACAUUCAUGUAGGUAAUGAGACUGGUUCUUCUCUCCAAGAUGCUGCCUUUGAAAAAAACAUGAGCCAUUCUAAGCUUCGAGGAGAGUUCAGGGUACAGAGGAGUUGGUGGACAGCCCUCCCGACGCAGGUUAAGAAAGCAGUCUGAGCCUUCGCCUUCCACAGCUCAGCAAGCAUGGACAUAUGCCACUCCUGUCUCCAGAGAGCUGGUGGCAGUGACAUCACCAUGAGAAAAAGCAGCCCUCAGCUCCGGGGCUCGACAGAAUGAAGUGUGCUGGGGAAGCUGCUACCCGGGACUUGGCCGACGUUGACUGCCCCUCUGUCACCCGGGCGGACCCUGACCACUGAGCCGACGAUGGCUGAGAAGGGUGACUGCAUUGCCAGUGUCUAUGGGUAUGACCUUGGUGGGCGCUUUGUUGACUUCCAGCCCCUGGGCUUUGGCGUCAAUGGGCUGGUGCUGUCGGCCGUGGACAGCAGGGCCUGCCGGAAGGUGGCCGUGAAGAAGAUCGCCCUGAGCGACGCCCGCAGCAUGAAGCACGCGCUCCGGGAGAUCAAGAUCAUCCGGCGUCUGGACCAUGACAACAUCGUGAAGGUGUACGAGGUGCUGGGACCCCAGGGCACUGACCUGCAGGGCGAGCUGCUCAAGUUCAGCGUGGCCUACAUCGUCCAGGAGUACAUGGAGACCGACCUGGCGCGCCUGCUGGAGCAGGGCACGCUCACCGAGGAGCACGCAAAGCUCUUCAUGUACCAGCUGCUCCGAGGGCUCAAGUACAUCCACUCCGCCAAUGUGCUGCACAGGGACCUGAAGCCCGCCAACAUCUUCAUCAGCACAGAGGACCUCGUGCUCAAGAUCGGGGAUUUCGGGUUGGCGAGGAUCGUGGACCAGCAUUAUUCACACAAGGGUUAUCUGUCGGAAGGGUUGGUAACUAAGUGGUACCGCUCGCCGCGUCUGCUGCUGUCUCCGAACAACUACACCAAAGCCAUCGACAUGUGGGCCGCCGGCUGCAUCCUGGCCGAGAUGCUCACGGGGAGAAUGCUCUUCGCUGGGGCUCACGAGCUGGAGCAGAUGCAGCUCAUCCUGGAGACCAUCCCCGUGAUCCGGGAGGAGGACAAGGAGGAGCUGCUCCGGGUGAUGCCUUCGUUCGUCAGCGGCAGCUGGGAGGUGAAGAGGCCGCUGCGCCAUCUGCUCCCCGAAGUGAACGGCGAAGCCAUCGACUUUCUAGAGAAGAUCCUGACCUUUAACCCCAUGGAUCGCCUAACAGCAGAGAUGGGGCUGCAGCACCCCUACAUGAGCCCAUACUCGUGCCCCGAGGAUGAGCCCACCUCACAGCACCCCUUCCGCAUUGAAGAUGAGAUCGAUGACAUCCUGCUGAUGGCCGCCAACCAGAGCCAGCUCUCCAUCUGGGACAGGUACCCUGUGAGCCUGUCGUCGGACCUGGAGUGGAGGCCAGACCGGUGUCAGGACACGAGCGAGGUGCAGCGCGACCCGCGCGCCGGCUCGACGCCGCUGGCGGAGGACGUGCAGGUGGACCCGCGCAAGGACUCGCAGAGCAGCUCGGAGCGCUUCCUGGAGCGCUCGCACUCGUCCAUGGAGCGCGCCUUCGAGGCCGACUACGGGCGCUCCUGCGACUACAAGGUGGGCUCGCCUUCCUACCUGGACAAGCUGCUGUGGCGCGACAGCAAGCCGCACCACUACUCGGAACCCAAGCUCAUCCUGGACCUGUCGCACUGGAAGCAGGCGGCCGGGGCACCCCCGAGCACCGCUGUGGCCGCGGACGCUAGGCCGCGCGAGGACGAGCCGGCCAGCCUCUUCCUGGAGAUCGCGCAGUGGGUCAAGAGCACGCAGGGCGGCCCCGAGCGCACCAGUCCGCCCCCCGACAGCCCCGAGCGCCGCCUGUCCGCCUCUCCGCCCGGCCGUCCGGCCCCCAUCGACGGGGGCGCCAGCCCCCAGUUCGACCUGGACGUGUUCAUCUCCCGCGCCCUGAAGCUCUGCACCAAGCCCGAGGACCUGCCGGACAAUAAACUGGGGGACCUCAACGGUGCGUGCAUCCCCGAACACCCUGGCGAUCUCGUGCAGACCGAGGCCUUCUCCAAAGAAAGGUGGUGAGGGAGAGGGGGAGCUCCAGCCACCCCCCCCAACCCAGCGGAGGCCACCCGGAAAAGCCAGGCCCGGCAGGAAGGGGCUGGCCUCCCCGGCACCUCCACCGCCCCUUCCACCCCUCUCUGCUGCCUUGGGGUUAGCAAAACACAGGAAGGAUCCGAGGAGGGAGAGGAAUGUCCAUUUCUUAAACUGCCUUAAUAACUAGCCUUUAACCUCUGGGAGCAGGUUUGAACAGGAACCUAGUUUGAGGGUUGAUCAUUUUCCCAGCGAAAAGGGUCCCUUGCGCUUUAUAGGUGGCGGUGUGGCGGGGAGUGAAGUGUCUUAGACAGCAGUCUGUAAGCCCUACCGCCAGGCCGGCUGCGGAGGAAUCUUGCUGGCAUAGUGUUGAAAUCAUCUGGCGGAACUAGCCUCGCUGACAGAGGAAGGACAGUGAGGCCGGGAGAAGCCAAGUGAUGUGCUUACCCUCAGGGCAAGCCUGGAAGCCCAGUCUCCUAGGCCAGUGUCUGUCCACGCUAAACUGUCUUCCUCCGCUGGGGUCACUGUGGCUUUCCAAUCAGACAACUCGGUCCAAGAUGUUUCUUCCCUGCCCAUCAGCAUGUGACCUACUCUUUUAUUCAGAGCAAUGUUUCUUAUAUUCCAAAAUGGGAAACUGAGCCAGUUUUACUCUACUGACCAACCAGAUAUUCUCUGGUCCCUCAAGUACGUCAGUAGUUCCACCUUCCACGCCCCUGUAUGUGCCGCACCCCUGUGUGGUCUGUCAGCCUCGGUUCAGAUCAGACCAGUCUGGGGUCUGUGGGUACAAGAACCCAUCUUUCAGGCCUGGGCACACACCUCCUCCAGAACUCCCUAUGCACUUUGCUGACACAUGAGCAGGUGUAAGGUCACGGCCCCAGUUCCCCAGGGGAUGUCCUACACGGGUGACUUUGAAGACAGCAGUUCCAGUAAUGCCGCCAGACCAACACCCAGCCACAUACACGGAGCCCACCCACAGACACAUACAGAACUCCUCUCCUAGCCUACCUCGGGAACUAUUGUUCUUGGCACGCAUUGCUCAUUUGGAGUAAACCAGGCCGUGAGGUGCCCGCCAUAGAGCAGAUGUGUUAGGAGAGAAGAUUUCACACGGGACCUGUCAUGCUUCAUGAAUACUGACCUUGAUUUUUUGAUCACCCAUUGAGCCCUGGCAAAGAGCGGUCCCUAAAGAAAUGCAUGGAAAGCAAGUGGCCUUGGGGGCGAGGAAUCCAGCAAGGUAGGAAGAUGGGAAAGGCAGGGUGCCAACAGCGAAAGUCCUCAGGGGUCAGGCACCAGCGUAGAGACCCCAAGACACAAGAAGGGCUUCCAAGCAGCCGUGCCCCUCAUAGCUUCAGGGUGAGUUUGGAGCAUGCGUACCGGAGAUGUUCCGGCAUACAGAGCCUGGGGUGAUGGGAGCCCUCUGCGGAAGCGUAGUCCACCCCCUGGAAUGCUUUACCAUUCCCGCCACUGGUAUUCCACUCCCCCCAGAACCCCCAAAGAUACCCAUGGGAGGUCUAGCCGGUUUGUAAGCAGAGGACUCCCCAGCAUUGGCCUUGGGCUGUGUUCACCCUGACCUUGACAGCACCUUAAACCUGUCAGCUAACUAAGAGUUGUACAUUGAAACCUGCAACAUGUUAGAAACCUAUAUUUAAAAACAAUUAAUCACACUGACCAUAAUUUUUAAUGGAAAAUGUGUAAAUAUGAAGUGUUUGGGGUUUUUUUUCUUUUUUCUUUUCUUUUCCUUUUUCUUUUUUUAAGAAAAGGAAGUCUACACCGCUCCUCAUGUGCCAUUUGUCCUCAGAGGGCGGCUUUACGUUUUUGGUAAAGGAACAAGCUGCUGACCUUGACCAGGAGUUCAUAUAUAAUUGUUAUUAUAGAGGAAUUGUUACAACUACUCAUGUUUUAAAAAGAUCUAUUAAACUUGAUCAGGACGGGCCAAAUAAAGUUUUAUUGGAA